CCUGUUCAUCAUCUUUAUCUUCACCACCUACAACCACCUCCAUUCCUUAAUCAGUUGUGAUUCCAUUUUUACUAUAAUCCAUUGAAAAGGAAGACGUAAAAUAAAAUCACUAAAUCAAGGUGAACAAAUUUACCUUUUUAAUUAAAAACCUAAAGUGACAAACAAAAGAAUCAGUGAUUAAGGAGAUUCGUGAAUCAAUUGGAGGUUAAUCAAGGGAAUGACCAAAAUAAAAGUGGGAAAUUUACUUCGCUAUAAAAAGAGAAUCUUCCGUUCGAAUUGGAAAAAAUCGCAAAUAACACUCUACAAACAUGGUACCUUUGUAAUUCAAUCGCCGUCAUCAUCAAGCCAAACACUAAUCCGUUGUGAGAAAGAAUCAACUUUAAUCAUAUUUGGUCAACAGAUCAAAUCAGUUCCAAAAAUUCCGGUAUUGCCCUCAGGUUAUGCUUUGGAACAACUUUUAGCCAUUGGAUUGAUUGAGGAAAAUUAUACAACCGGAACAACGACAAUUAUAUUCUAUUGGUUUUUAUCACCAACAUUGGACGAUCUAAGUGAAUGGAUUAUGGCCUUUCAUAAUUCACUUCUUCGUGAACCAAGUGAUCUUCAAGAUCAAGAUGAUAACACCGACGAUGACGAUCUAGCUGUUGGUCUAAUGAUGGCUGGAGCCGCUUAUUGGAAUACGAUGACUUGUGAUACUUAUGAUACUCAAUUAGACGUUGGUGGAGAUUUUCAAGAUUAUUCAUUUGCUCAUGAUUUGUCUUUAUGUGCAAUUUAAUCACAAUUAAAUCCAUCAAUCCUUUAGCCUCUUUCUUACCUCCCUAAUCCUUUUCCUCUUUCACCCACUCACCUGUACAUACCAAUUAGGUAUUCUCAUUAACCUGAUCAUCCAUAAUGAUUACUUUAACUAACCAGCGAUUCGGACAAGGAAACAUUGUCCCUCCUGUCAACACAUAUAAUUAUUUCAAUACUCUCCCUAAUCAUCCAAUGAUGAUAAUGGUCAAGUAAUCGUCAUCAUCAUCAUCCUCAUCAUCUUCAUCAUCUUAAUUAUCCAUCAUCAACCAUUUAUAUAUCUUAUUAAUAUCAAUCAGGUUGGUUAAUCCUUUUGCUUUCAUUUUGUUUUCAUAUCUGAAUGUGUGUUAAUCCUCAUAUCAAACUGUUCACAUUGUCAACAAUUAAUUGUCUUUAAUUAGUUCACAUUAGUAAUUAAUCACAAUCUGUACACACAAUUUAAACAGGAUAAUAAUUGAUUUGUUGUUUUGCAAUAACUAAAAAUUAGCUGAUCAACAAAAAAAAGUUAUAACCAAAGAAAAUAAUUCAAUUAACUCAAUUGACCUAAUUAAAUGAUUUCUAGAUUUAGGAUUAGAUUUAAUUAUAAUUAGAUUAGAUUUAAAUAUGUAAAAAUUACCAUUGAAAAUAAAUCAGUGAGAGAGGAAGUUAAUUAACUAAUAUAAUUAAUUAAAAAAUACGUUGAAAUUUAUCUUACCUUGAAUUAAGAGUAACCCAAUAGGAUAAGUUUUAUUAACUAUUUUAUAUCUUAAUUAAGUUAAUUGUAAUCAUCGUCAUUCAUUCAUUGUAAUAUUUAAUUUAAUUUCAAUCAUCGUUGUUAUUUAAAGCUUUUAAGGUAAGAUAGAUUAAAUCAACGAUUCCUCUGCUUACAAUAACGAUAAUCAACCCUUUCUUAACAAUUAACGAUUAACAAUCGUGUAACAAUUAAGCUUUUGAGCUAAAAAAUCAAAAAAAACUCCAAGGUAAAUGUAUUGAUAAUAAUACAAACCUGACAAUGAUAAUAACGUUUGAUAUCAUAUUCAGAUUGGAAACAAUUAGAAGCAAAAACAAAAGACUAAUUGUUUCCCAUGUAAACAAAUUAAUUAGUUGAUUAACUUUUUCUCAAUGUAAUCAAAAUGCUUGAAAAAAGAAAAUUAAAACAAUCGGAUAAA